AAUUAUUAGGUACGCCUUUGUUAUUAUAUUCAAUUUAAUGUUAUCUGCAUUGCUGGACCUGUCUCAGGCAUCUCUUUCACAAAACUUGAAUCACAUUGGCUGAAGCACUGGGAUUUGUUUGGCAUGCCUCAAACCCCAAAUGCAACGAGCGCUUUGGUUUCUGUGUGGGAGAGAGAAUCUUAAAGCCCUUCAACAGUUCUCUUUUCUUUUCUUUUUUUUUUUUUUAAGUUUUUUCUUUCAAGUAUAUACUGAUGGGGAAUGUGAAGGCAAGGUCUUUCUCUAUCUAAAGAAAGCUAUUGCUCAAGCUGGGGUGUGAUAAGGAGCUUUCUGCCAUUCACUGGAAGAGUCCUUUUUGCUUCGCUUCUUCUUCUUCUUCCUCUGAUCAGAACAACAGAAAUUGUGAUCUUCGCAGCUCAUGAAACUGUUACAGGAAAGAAAGCUCUCUGACCACUGAUAUAAAAGGUUAAAAGAGAAAAAGAAAAAGUCUUGGCUAAGUACUUAAUGUGCAACCAUUAUUGUGCUGAUAGAUAUGAAAACCUGUCAUGUGGGAAGAUAUUUCAUAUGGGAAAUUAUUGUUGUGGCCCAAAAUGACCCAAUCGAAGAAGAACAAGAGAAGAAACGGACAAAUUAUACUGAAAAGGUAAAGGUGUAAGGAAGUAUUUCGCCGGAGAGAUAUGGGAUCAAGAUGCAGAUAUAUCUGAGUGCAAGUUCUUGAAAAUGAAGUUGUCUCAACUCUUACUUUUCUAGCAUAUUCUUGGGGUAGAUCAGCAGUCUAACACAGCAGUGUGCGCACAAGCUAUAUUAAUCUUCAAUGGAGAAGCAUCUUAAGCCGUAUGACAGAGAAAACAUGAGAUUGGCCAUGCUAAAACAUGAAGAAACAUUCAAGGAGCAGGUAUAUGAACUUCAUCGAUUAUAUCAGAUCCAGAAGAUGUUGAUGAAAAACACUGAAAGCAGCAGGCCAAACGGAGGGAGUCAAGAACCAUGGAAUUUGAAGACUAAUCAUCAUCGUGAUGCACAACACAAGCCACAAAGGAAACUUGAUCUGGAAAGGCCUGCUGAGGAGUAUAUUGCAGAAUCAGACGGUGAUAGAGUGUUAGAGAUUAUAGACGAAAGUGAGAUUGAACUAACUCUGGGCCCCUCAAGUUACAACCGGAGGAAGAAACCUGAGACUCCACUAACAUCGGAUUCGGGACCAAGCUUCUCUUCUUCUUCAACUGGAUCUAGCCACAUAAAUAGGACAAAUUCCUGGACCCAUCAGAGGAUAGAUACAACAAGAGAAGAAUUAAAUGGCUACAAAGUGGGGCUUGUCAAGGUUCCUGACAUGACAUCCGGGUGCCAUAGCAGAAGUAAAAACAAUAUUGAUCAUGUGGAAGAACAAUUAAGACAGGAGAGGCUAAACCAGCCUCCUUGGUUUUUCCAAGUGUUGAGUUUGAACAUGACAUGAAAAUAAUUCUUCCAAGUCGAUAUGAUGAGAUUUCAAACUCUUAUCAACUAAUUCCAUGAUGGAUGUUUGUGUGGAAUUUUCUGCUUAGUUUUUAGUGGAAGGGGUGAUCGAUGGUGUCUUGUGUAAAGCGAUUCCCCUGGCUUGAAAAUCCAUCAUAAUUUACGAGUGACCUGAUUUUAUGUUUUUCAA